AUGUCGAGCAGCUCUAUGGUCCAAGACGGAGACAUCAUCGAAACUUCGUAUGGCAACUUCUUUCGCUCCCCCGUGCAUGCCACCGAGGUGCCCACCUCCCUCAUCUUGCGGGGUGUCAACUUGGGCUCUUCCGCCAAAGUCCCCGCCUUUCGCCCAGACACCUAUUCCAAUCUUCCUCAAGACACCAGGGAGCAACGGGACGAGUAUCGUCGUCAUCUGGCCGGCUUCUCUACGCAUGUGGGCGAUCAAGGAGCGUUGUGGGAUGAGGCCGAACGAGGUGGGAGAGAAGGGUGGUUUGUCGGUCAUCCCUUACAGGAGAGGGAGGCGGACCUACAUCUUAGCCGGUUGAGCUUCUGGGGAUUCCGCCUAAUAAGGUAUAUCAUCCCUUGGGAGGCUCUGGAACAUGCUGGUCCAGGUAAAUACGAUGAAGCCUUUAUCGACUAUACCAUCCGUAUCCUCCGCAAAGCCAAAGCGUAUGGUUUCAAAGUCUAUGGACAUACACAUACUCAUCACAGAGUUCUGUCCCCACAUCAAGAUGUUUUCUCCAGGUUCAUCUCUGGUAGCGGGGCACCUUAUUGGGUAUUGAAUGCUCUAGGUCUCAGCCCUCGUCGACUACAUCAGACCGGAGCGGCUCUUCUUCACGCCUCCUGGGAGACAGAAGGGUAUGGAGGGGAAGAAGGACGUCGGGAGGCCGCCGCUGGCAAAGUGGGUGAUUGGCCAGACACUGCCCGGCAUUGUUUUACCGUGUUUUGGGCUGGAGAGAGAUUCGCUCCUAAGUGCACUAUUGACGGGCAAUCAGCAGGCAGAUGGGUCCGAACACGUAGGACAGAGGCGUAUGGCCAUCUAGCGGACCGUCUUCGAGAUGCGGGAGGUCUAUUGGACGAUUGUAUACUUGGCUGGGAUUCGAUGAACGAACCACACGAAGGAUUCAUCGGAAUUCCAGACCUCAAUGUCAUCCCUUCUUCCCAGGACUUCAGAAAGGGACCUUCUCCAACACCUCUUCAGACACUGAUACUCGGUAUGGGCCAGCCAGUGGAAGGGGUACAAAUCGACGAUUUCACAUCUUUAGGUCCGAAAUCUAAGGGGAAGAUAAGUAUUACUCCUCCGAACGGACAGGGGGCGUGGUUGACUAGGGAAGAAGCUCGCGAGGCAGAGGAGAGGUGGGGGUAUAAGUGGGGUUCAGCGUGGGACUUUUGGGAUGAGAAUGGGACUGGUGGAUGUCCUUGGGCGGCUCAUGGAGUAUGGGACCCCAACACCAGAGAGAUUCUGAGGAAAGAUUAUUUCCGCCCCACAGGGCAAGAUCUGGAUUUCCAGUCUGUAUUCUGGCGACCAUCGUACACUUCGUUUAUGUCGAGAAUACGACGAGCUCAUCCGAAUGCGAUAUCUUUUAUUCACCCUCCCGUUUUCGGUCAACCACCUGAUAUCUCAGGAGAGGAAGAGAAGGGUAGAAUAGCUCUGAGUUCGCAUUUCUACGAUGGAUUAACUAUGCUUGGUAAAAGACGACAUCUAUACAACGCCGACGCAGUGGGUAUCCAACGUGGGUUGAAAACCGUCAUGCAAGGUUUGAACCUCGGUCGAGGGUCAAUCAAGAGGAAUAUGCGAGAACAACUGGCAGAACUCAAGUCGGAUGCCAAAAAAGGCGAGAGUAUAGGCGGUAGUGACCCCAUCGAACAAUAUCCGACUGUGAUAGGGGAAAUAGGAACACCGUUCGAUAUGCAUAAAACUAGAUUAUUAGGUUUAGCAAAAGGUAAAGUAGAUCGACAUGAUUAUCGAGAACCUACCAAGGCGAUGGAUGAAGUGUUGAGUGGAUGUGAUGGCAAAAACGCUCUAUCAUAUACGUUAUGGACGUACGAACCACUCAACACCCAUUCAAACGGGGACGGAUGGAACGGCGAAGAUCUUUCGAUCUUCACAUAUGAUGAUUUAUCCACCGACGACGAUUUGGUGGCUCAUUCACCUAAAAAUCUGGAAUCGUUAAUGUUAGGAGCUAGAGGACAAGAAGCUUGGUGUAGACCUUAUCCUGUUGAAGUCAGAGGAAGGGUUGAAGAAAUAGAAUUUGAAAUGUCUUCUGGGGAAUUUGGGUUGAUUAUUGAUAUUUCACCUCUUGAUAAGACCUGUGAAUCUUCAUCGUCUCACUCUACCACAUCAGCUCCGACGUCUCAGUCGCAAGAACACUCACAGGGAGAUGCUCCGCGUGAUGGGACAAGAAUGAAUGGAGAGGGAGAGAAAGAGGAAGAGGAAGACAAAGAGAAACAAGGCAAAGCUUCAAUCUUUGUACCAUAUGUUCAUUACCUCGCUUCUCCCUCUGCUAAAUCGACGAGUGUGGAAGAGAGAGGAAAAGGGAGAAUAUUAGGUGAAGCGGAUGAAAUAGAAUGGAAAGAUGGACAUGAAGCUAGGGUCGAUAUUCGGGUAAAAGUCAGUGAUGGUCAUGUGUCCGUCAGAGGACAAUGGAUGGCUUGGGUAUAUCCUCUUGGUGGGGAACGGGUGGAGAUGAAGUUUGAAAAGUGGAAAUAG